AUUACUGACAUAUUCAAGUCAAAUAUUUCCCCAGAUCACAGAAGAGCGACCCAUGAUUCUGCUUAUUCUAAAUAAUCAGGAUUAGUGUCUGAUGGAUCAAUCAGUGUCCCAAACAGCUCGGUACAAAUUUUCGAGUCAAUAUUUUCCCUAGUUGUCUCAAAACUUUCCCAGUGUGUGAUCUAAGUCAAUACACCUGAAUAUUUACUCUUACAAGGAAGGGGUCCAUGAUAUGACAGACCUCAUUAGGACAGUGCAAAGAGCCCAAAGAAGAAAUUGUUGGAUCCAGCAGUAAAUUAUUUUUAGAAUGUCGCUUCUGAUGAAAAGGUGUACCCCAUCAAUGGACAUAUCAUGUAGAGAUAUUUCCACGUAUAGUCUGUAUUUUCUUAGGUCAUGUCUAGCAUAAAAAUAAGUCGCAACUCAAAAAAGAAUAAGAGAUAUAAAAUGAGUAGGAAUUGCUGGAAACAAUAUCGAAGAAUCUUGAAAACAAGUUGGAAGGUACAAACUAAGGUUUUUUUCGAGAAUUCCACUUUGCAUGGAGUGAGAUUCAUCGCUGAAGAUGGUCGACCGUUUUUUGAGAAGUUUAUGUGGUUCAUAUGUGUUAUGGUUGGUUUGAUCACAUCGAUAAUAAUAAUCUUCAGCCUUUGGGAAAAAUUUCAAACGAAUCCGACGAUAACAGGACUGGAUACUGAUUUUCACAGCUGGGAUGUAGCCUUUCCAUCUAUAACAAUUUGCCAGGAAAAACCUGGUAACGAUACCUUGAUUGACGAAUUCAUUGAGAAGCAAAUGAGUGAUUUUGUGGAAAAAGAUCAAUUGAGGAAAUUCUUGGAAUUUUCUACAACUUUGUCAUACGACAACUUGAGGGAAAUAGGACCAUACACCAAGUUGAAUUUGUCCUCAGUGGAAAAAUCAUUCAAAAAAGUCAUGUAUUCCCUCAUGAAUAAAUGCGAGGAUGUCUUCGAGAGUUGCGAAUGGAAAUCAAAACCCUACAACUGUUGCGAAGGUUUUUUUCCUGUAUUUACAGAGAGCGGAUUCUGUUAUAGUUUCAACUCUAGACAUCACGAAACAGAAGAAGAAAGAAAUGAAGGUGAUUCGAAGGAGUUCGAAAUGAGGUACAUAAAGGAAACUGAUCUGAAGUGGAGUCUUGCUUUUACCGUGAAAAAUACGGAUAUAAAGAUACCGAUUUACAUUUUGAACUCCGAUGAAAUGGCUGGGAUAGACAUGAGGCCCCAGCACAUUUGGGACUUUACAAUGAGAAGCAUAUCUUUCUCAGUUAAACAGACUUAUACCACUGAAGACACCAAACAGCUCAGUAUAAAACAACGUCGCUGCAUAUUUCCAGAUGAGAGAAAACUGGAAAUUGAUUACAUCUAUACGUAUACUGCCUGUGCCAGACAAUGCAGAAUGGACACGUCCAUGAAACUGUGUGGAUGUGUUCCUUUCUUUUACAGCAUCAGCAGCGAAAGUCCUUACAGAUACUGCCGUAUCAGGGAACUAGAAUGCGUAGCUAACAAUAAGGGAAAGAUUUUGGAUGUAGAACAUUGCGAUUGUCAAUUGAGUUGUUCGAACACUGUUUAUGAGGUUGAAAAACUGAGUGCAAACAACGAGGACGAAAUAAACACCAUGGAAACCGGAUUCUUAUCAUGGCCCAUGAUAAGAUACAAGAGGGAAGUUCUGUUCGGGUGGGUGGAUCUCCUUGUAUCUUUUGGUGGGAUUGCUGGGCUGUUUCUCGGCUUCAGUCUGCUCUCAGGCGUGGAGAUCAUCUAUUAUUUCACAAUAAGGGCAUACUUCAUGAUACUGAAAGAAAGGACCACUCUAGAAAAAAUUUACGAACAGGAUAAGACAAAACCUAAACCUAGCUACGACCUGAGUUUAACACCAUACUUCAUUUCUGCACCAUUGCCUGGAAAUGGGUAUAACGAACUCAGGAAGUUUUUCCACUGUGUAUCACUGGUAUCUUUUUAUCAACAGAAAAUCGUUCCUCUAAAUGGCAGAUGGAGGCCAGAAGACACGAUACUACCACCCUACGGGAUAAACUACAUGGAUUGA